GUGGUGACCUUCACGAAAGUCCCUACAUCGGGCGUGCCCGCUUUCGUGCCAACCAGUUUGCACAGGAGGUCAGCGUGGGUAGUGGUUCGCCCCAGCGCGCUCACAUACACAGCAUGCACGCGUCUCCCGGAGGGUUGAGCGCGCGUGCGUCCCCAGCGGCGGCUGGCCUGCUACAGCGCUCUCUCUCUCCCCCGUCGAAAGACAGGAUGCACUCACAGCUGGACGCUGAGCUAGAGAAGAAACAUGGGGAAGUUCAGAGAACGGAGGAGAGACUGCGGUCGCUGCAGGACGACCUGUCGGCCACAGAGAAGAAGCUGAUGAACGCCACCACGGAGCUCAAGAAAAUCUCCACGGAUCGCAACACGCCAGAGCCGUUCCGAGACGACAACAAGUACAAGAUACGCCAGAGGCUGGCCCGCAAGAUGCAAAAGGUGAACGAGCUGAGAGACCAGGCGACCCAGAUGGAGUCAGACAUUGACCGCAAGCAUGAGAGGAUGACCGCCGAGCGCAACGAGCUGCACCGACUACAGAGUCAGUUGUCGGGGAUGGAUACCACGGACGCUGGAUAUGGCCGCGUGGAGAGACAGAUGCACGACAAAGAGUCGCAGAUCAACGAAGGAAGUCACCACCAGAUAGAGCUACAGAAACAGCUGGAGGAAGCGCUGAGCAACAUCACACGCGAGACGUCUGACAUAAAGAAACUGGAGGAACAACUGUCUGCUGACCAGAUUGAGCAGAACGAGGAGCUGCGCCAUGAGCUGGACGACAUCGUGUCGGGUCUGUCCGGCUACCUGGAGAAUGUCAAAGGUCAGAGCAAGCAGCACAAGCAGGAGUUUGAGAUGCUCCUACAGGAGAAGGAGGGGCUAGAGGAGAAGAUCCGCCGUAUGGAGGCCGAGCUGCAGCUCCUGGAGGGGGAGGCCAACAACGCACGAUGGAUGCAGAAGAGGCUGUCUGAGUUGGAGGACUCCCUGAGGAAAACAGAGGAUUUGAACUCCACCCUUCAGGAUGAGGUUCACCGCAGCCGACAGCGUGACCCGGAGAUCCAGUCUCGUCUUGGCCAGGCUGAGACAGAAGCCAAACAGUUGAGACAGACGCUGAGCGAGACCGAGAAGAAAGCCGAGGCGGAGAGGAAAGCCCUCCAGAACCAGCUGAAGACGGAGCGAGAGAGGGCGGAGAAGAUGACACAGAGAAUCCAGGACGUGAACAGACAAGAGCUGGAGACCAAGAAACUCGCUUCUCAGCUGGAGGCUGCCAAGAGCCGCAGGGCAAGAACGACAUCCUAGGCAUGACCUUCCAAGACCUUCAGAAACACACCCAGGAUCAGUUCAACAACAGCGCUAAAGAGCUGGAUCUGCUCAAGAAGAAAUCACAGAAGGCGGAGUCAGAGGCCCAGACAUUGAGGGAACAGGUGAAGAAGCUGGAGCAGACCACGAAGAAGGAACAGGACAAGGUCAAGUCACGGAUUGAAGACGACAACAAAAAGCUGCAGGAGGAGAUAAAACGUUUGAAGAAAGCACUGGAGGAGGCGAAGGAGAGGAACAGAGAGGGAGGUAUCCCGGUGCGCAUCGUGUACCGGCCGGACUCUGAGAACAGCGCAGACCGGGCCUCGUCGCUCAACUCGGAGGAGAAACUGUUGUUUGACGAGCUGCAACGAGAGUUGCUGGACCUGAAGCGAAACAUGCGGCAACACGAGGAGGAUCUGUCCAAGAGGUUGCUGGAUGCCGAGGCAGAGACCGCCCAGUUCAAAGAGGAAAUGAGGCAGAAGGAGAAGGAGUACGAGGCUGAGAUGGAGGAACACAGGCAGGCUGCAGAACUCAUGAGGGAGAAACAGGAAGCUCGCAUCCAGGUGAUCGCUCAAGACCUGGACCAGGCUCAGUUUGUGGCCGACUCGCUGCAACAGAUGUUGGAGGAGAGGGAGAAGUGUCUCAACGCUGAGCUCAGCAACGCCGAUAUGUCCAACCAGAUGAUCUCGGCCCAGGAAGAUGAACUAGCCCGCCUCUACGACAUCCUGGAGACCCAGCGUGACGAGAUCGAGAACCUGAACCAGAUCCUGGACCACCUGGCACAGCACCGACCCUACCCAGUCGAGUGUCGGGCAGCCAAGCCAACACGACAGCCGCCACUGUACGUCCUGGAAGCACCGCCCACCCGUCGUCUGGCCCCACCCACUCUUCGUCAGGCCCCACCCACUCCAGCCGCCCGUCUGGUGGGAUCGCCACGGGGGCUGCGAUGGCCUCAACCCCCAUGCCACGGUCUGGGCAGAGCUCCAGACUUGCGGCUGAGCCAAGGGUCCAGCCCGUAGAACACCUGGGCACAGAGAGACGCGAGUCCAAGGCUCCGCACGGGUCACGCUCAGCUGUGGGGAAGUCGGGAGAUGGUUUACCUGGCCAGGCGCCACAUAGGACGCAGGAGAGAGCCUUCGACGGGAAUGCGGUGACCAAUCCUAGCGGUCAAGGCAGUCGCAGGAGUAGCCGUAGCCGUGCCGCCCGCCCUGUGUUUCUACCCGGAACCCGUAGACGCGUACGGCACACCUCUGGCGCCGCCAGGUGGCGCUGCUGUCCCCAUGGUUGCCCCUCUUGGCCCCUCAGGUUUCCCCGGACAAGCUGCCAUGGGCGGCGACCCGGCGGUGGCCUUUGACCUCGUUCCUCAGGAGAUCAGCUACAACCCGGGCUCUGUGCUACACGGAUUUGACGGUGAGUCCACGGGUUUGAUUCUUCUCUGCUGUUGCUGGAAUUAUUAUUUCUUUUUUGGUGUUUAUUAA